AUGCCAUGUCUCACCCACAUUUUGCAGCCAUUUCUACCCCAUACUUCACCUUCCUCCUACCCCAAACCAUCCCUCUCCAACUAUAUGCCCUCGUACAAUGACUCGCUCCAUGAGUCGCUCCUGGCCCUCUACGAAUACCUGGGCCAUCUCCGGCUCUCGCUCGAAUUGGUCCGAAAACUAGCCAAACACUUGAGAUUCGAUACAUAUGUAGAUAACGAGAUUCCAGCGUCAGACUCGGCUCUGGCACCGACGAAAAGACUCCUGAUUGCGGGGACAAACCUCCUCAUAGACAUUGAUUUUGCCGGCGACCAUAAAGUCACGGCGGUGGCGCUUUCAAUGGGGACCCAGAGUGCUCAGGCUACCGACACCAUUGAAGAGCCUCCAUCCACAGAAAUCGACGCUGCUCAGUUCGUCAAGAGCUCCACUGUAAUCGAUGAUGUCACCACCAUCUGCUUGGACUUUUCUGGUGCUUCCGCGCCAUCGUUGUUGGGCUCCAAUGGAUGCCGCAUUGCAGAGAGAAUCCUUCUUCAAAGUCUCUCUGGAGAGUACUUGGGCACGUUCCCUCAAAACCUCCGCUAUUUAUCCCAUUUAGACCAGGAACUGUUUCCAAGCGGCAAAGAGGCUUCAGACUUAGAUAUGUAUGCAUGGUUUCUAGCUGCUGUGCACCUCCAGGAGAGUACUUUGGCGCCUGAGACGGCGGUGGCUGAGGGCUGGACGUCCCGCUUUGGAAAAGUGGUCUUUAACAAUGCAGCUGCUGGUCAGAUCGGCGUCUUUCUUCGCUUUUACAAGCUGUCGCGGGGCUUUUCCCUUCCUGGCGUGGAACAUAAGGUUCACCAUGCUAUCCUUUGUCUCGAAAACCAGACCUCUUCUGUAGAAGACUACCUUAAAACAGCCAAAAAUGAGUCUUGGCAACUAUAUGACUCUAAUUGCAUGCCCAAGUUGUACAAUUUCGACUUCGAUUUGCCGCUGCCGUCGCUCUCCACAACAAACCGGGGACUUAUUCUUCGCUUGGACGAGCCGGUUUAUCUCUCCGAGCAGGUGCUUGAAUACCUAGAUUUACAAUAUUUGGCUGCUCUGCAUGUGUCUUGUGGAGAAGCCUUGACGGAGCUAUGUAGGUCUGGAUCCGUCUUAUAUGAGAACGAAUCCGAGGGUUCGGAGCUUCCAGACAUCACUUUCUCUUUUGAUGAUGCAUCAUCGCUAAUACCAAUACAGUCUGUAUUGCUCCCCUCGUUGAAACACCUCACCAAGCUCAUUCCGGUCAUUCGCAACUUCAUUUUGUUUCGCGAGUUGCUAGAAAGUGUCGGCGGAUCUUCACAUUACAAGGUGAAAUCCUGCUCUGACCUUCAUUUAUCAGAUGCUAGCAAGAAAAUCAGAGAUAGACUCAAGUUGUCCAAGGAAGUUCCAAGCGAAGAACUCUUGGGUUUGAGCACCUUCUCCACUGAUUAUUUGAACGCUCCCAUUCUUGAGAGCACCACGAGCUUGCAAGACUUUGUAAAAGAAGAGAGUCCGCACGGGUCCGACACCAUGAUGAAGGCAGAUUCUACCUCUAGUGACGCAGUUGAUUCUGGAGGUGAUUUAAAAUCAAGUUUGAGAAUCACGGUGGAAAAUACAUGGUACGAGUCUCCCAACACUGACUUAGUGUUGAAAUUGAGCGGACAGGUCUCUCGCCGCUCAGUUCAAAAGACAUUGAGAAUCUCCAACGGUGAGCUCAAGCAAGAGGAGAGCGCUUCGGCUGUCAAGGCUGAAGCGGAGGAUCAAAUGGAGGUCGACCAGGAAGAAGAUGUGGUAGUGAAUUUCUGCAAGGCGCUUGCCAUCACCGGCGAUGUCAUUCUCUCGUUACAAGCAAUCUAG